UUUUUUAGCGUGAUCUUGCAUACAUAGGCUAAUCGCCAUUUCCUAUCCUGUGUUACAAGAAAACUGAGGCAAAGGCGACAUCUGCUGGAUUGGAUGCAGGCGACAUUUAAAGGUAAAGAACUUUAGUGCGCAACGCAGGGUGCGUAUCACGAAAAAAUACAGGAGGUGAAGGACAGGACUGACAAUGCGCUCGCUCUCGUUAUAACUUUGAUUACGUGGCGCUAUUCAGACAUCUUCCACACAUGGCAUAUCUCCUGCAGACCGCACAUUGAAACUUGUGCAUCUACACUAUUGAUGCAUGCACAAUUUUGCCUUUUGACAGUUGCAGCGCUUAAACGAUAGAGGGAAUAAAACCAAACGCGUGUAAGAAAUAUAGUCUCCAGGGGUGGAAAGACUUUAAAGGAUGUGGUGAUAGGAAGCUAUUUAGUCACUGAAGCAUUACUGAAAUCGCUAUAAGCUUCCAACCGCCGAAGAGGAGGAGGAGGAGAAUGGUUUUUGGAUUUGUGCCUCUUCAAGAGCAGCAAGGCUUAUUUAAGAAGAAAGAUCAUGGUGGCUGUCAGAGGGAAGGAUUCGGGAUCUGAGCAGCUGAAGGAAGCCAGUGAGGAGAGCUACACGCCGGCCACGUCUGAGGACACACUCAGGAGUCUACUCCGCUGGGGUUAAAGUGUGCAGUGUGCACUACUUCCUGCCGCAGGUAGAGCUGUCACAGUGUGGUGUGGAGCUCUAGCUGUGUCAGAGGCUUGCCGUGUCCUUGCUGCGAGAGCUGCUCUGCUGGAUAUCGCAAUCGAUCUCACACGCACACGCAGAGGAAUCCAUAUCCCGCUUUCGGCAUGGAAAAGUGCUGUUCUGAGUGUUCAGAGCCCAGGAUGGCACAGAGCUUGUGCACCUUCUGCAACAAGUGGCUGUGUUUCCAGUGCACAGACUUGCAUCAGCAUGAGAGAAGCUCCACUCAACCCUUUGACCUGCAGCACCAGCCGCGAGACCCUCCGUCACCAUCUGAAAUAGGCAAGAGUGUUUUUCUUUUACCGAUCUGUAAUUACUUUCAUCUUUCAGCUCAGGUCGGCUGUUUACUUGCACAUUUUUGCUCUUGGCCACCGGACAUUAUCAGCUCUGCACAAUAUUUUUCGAACCCCUCUUCUUUAAGCCCUCAUUUCCUCUCUUCUGUUGUAUUGCGUGUCUCAGGAGCCAGUUGCUGCGGGCAUGCAGUUGUCAUGUGUUCCCUCCACAAACAGGAGCCUCUGGAACUCCUGUGUGAAACGUGCGACCUCAUGGCCUGCAGCACCUGUCACCUGUCAGCCCACAAAGACUUUAGACUGGUGCACGUUGGGAAGGCUCUGCAAGACCAGCGCUGGCUCCUGCAGAACCUCAUGGCCCGAGUGGAGGAGAAGAGAUCUGCUGUGGAGAGCACCGCUAAACAGAUCCAGGGCAGGCUCCAUGGUAUAAAGAUCACGCAGAGGAAGGCAGAGAACCAGAUAAAAAUGGCUAAGAUGAUUAUGAUGAACGAGCUUAACAAACGGGCCAACCUAUUAAUAGAACAACUGGAGAGUAUCUCCAGUGAUUUCAAGCAACGUCUGGAGGACCAGCUGCAGGGGGCCAUAGAGCUGUGCAGCCAGCUGGAGCACGUGCAGAACUUCAUUACCUGGGCUACAGCCCACCACAGACGCAAUCCACUGCUAUUCAGCAAAGAGCUGAUUGCUCUUCAGAUGCAGCAAUUACUGGAGCCACUGAUGCUCUCAGAGGCUUGGACCCAGUUGAAAAUCAAGUUUAACUGGGAUGCCAGCUUCUGGACCAAGAACAAUUCAACUUUAGGUCAACUAGUUGUUGAAGGUGGAAGUCGUUCAUACCCAGAGGUUGUGGGUCAUCCCAGUAUCCUGCGACCCCAGACUGUCCCAUGCAUAGCAAUACCUCCUCUGUGCCAUGCGGUGCGUGAACCUGGCUGCGCCUGCCAGACCUUCUGCCAGCCCCAGCUCUGCUGUCUUCACUGCAGACCUACUCAGUCCGUCCCUUUGGAUAAAUUCCCUUCCCAGUGUCCUCAGGCCACCAGGCGGAGCUCCCCGCCAUCUCUUCACAGCUGCUGGGAAGCUGAUGCAUCUGUCCCGGUGCAUCCACCAGGAGCUCAGCCUAUACAGCAGUCCACCUCUCACCCUGGAUCUGACCCCGUCCAGCAUGGAACCAGCUCCGCUUCACCUCGACAGCCUGUCGGAGCCAACAACAACCUGUUGUCUGAACCGCUCCCUGCUAAUUCCAACCAGGCUACCAUCCAUGUAAAAAACCCCAAACAACUCCAGCCUCCCUGUGAAAGAGCGCAAACAUCUGCGCAUGAAGCAGCCACAGGGCAAGAAGCAUCACCAGACAGAGAGCUGCCGCAGGUCCACACUCAGGCUCAAGUGCAGAUGACGACAGAAACCAGCAACCAGCCCAUGAUUGAAUUGCAGCCUAUUGUCAAUACCAUCAAUCACAACAGGCUGCUGACAGCACUUCUGCAAGCAGAUGGUGAGACACAAACUGUGGUGAGCCGGCUGUUGCAUUUUUCUUCAUCUCGCUGUAGAGCCCACACGAUUACCUCUAAAGUCUCUGAGACCUCCUACCUUCUCUCUUCACCCACACAUGCUUGCAAGACACACUCUCCACAGCUCGAUUCAUUCCACCCUCUCCUCCUGGGCUUUUAUCAGAGAUCCUCGGCGCUAGAGAUGUUCACACGGGCUCAAGGCCGAGGAGGUGGUGGCCAGAGCCGUUCCGGUUCGAAGAAGGCGACCAGGUCUCAGAGCACCUCAAAAGGACCCAGAGGACCUCGUAAAAGGCUCUGUAAAGACAGGCCGACCAGGGCGGCUCAUAGCCUGGCAACAGUGGCUGGGGACCAGGGAUGCACAAUGCAGCAGCAGGUCUGUGCACGACUCGAUGCUUCUGAGAUGAUCCCAGGACAUAUAAACAGUCACACUGCAUCCUCUCUGACCACCUACAAGUCUGAACCAGAUAACGUAUAUGCAUAUGCCUAUGAAAACAGAAGGCUGAAAACCAGAAAGAAGAAAAGAUUGUCUCAAGAAGAUCCAGACACCAGUGAUAAAGAAGCCCCAGAUGGUUCGAAGGUUCCAGUUGUGUGUCUUGAGCGACUCAAGAUCCUAGUGUCACGACAUCCACCACAGAACCACCAGGGCACAGACCUUACUUCUCAAACAGAGCCUGGACUCAAACCUGAAGAAACUGUCUUCAGGGUGCUAGAGAGAAAGGUCACUUCUCAGGGAACUUUGGAUAAGGAGUCAGUUCAGACAGAGGACAGCGUGUCACCCAUAGAGCAGCUAUCACCAGAACAUCUGCAUAGCAGUGAAUCAUCUGGCUCACUUGACGUCUCUCAGCCUCCUGUGCAAGAAUUUUGCAACAUAAACCAAGAGUCCAGGGUGCUAGCCAUCUCCAAUGAUUCAGACCCUAUCUCACAACCUGACACCGAAGAAAUAAACUCCCCAUCUGAGCUCAGAUCAGUGACAGGUCCUGAUUUCCAAACUGAAUCCACAAGAGAGGCUGAAGCAGAUGCAGAUAUGGAAUCGGAGCUCCUACAGGAAUCAGAUCCGAGCGCUGAAUCCGAACUGCAGGUCGAAUGUGAAUCGGAUGUGAUUUCAGAGCAGCUUCCUGAAUUGGUGCUCUCGGCUUCUGAACAGGAAUUUGAAUCGGAUACAGAUUCCACAGCCGAAGUGACUCUGAAUCUUGAACCGGAGUCUGAAUGGGAAGCGGAGCAGCCGGUUCUUCCACCUGCCGUAGACUCCGAGACUGUAUCAGAACCUGCCCUUGAACAUCAACCUGCGGAGGACUGCCCUGAGAUAGAGAAUGAAGACUUCUGUGCGGUCUGUCUCAUUGGAGGAGAUCUUCUGUGCUGUGACCGUUGCCCCAAAGUCUUUCACCUGUCAUGCCAUGUCCCUCCUCUCCAUACUUUCCCCAUAGGUGACUGGAUUUGCACCCUGUGUAGGGAUGUGGAGCAGCCAGAGGUGGAAUCUGACUGUGAGAAUGACCAGAUGUCCACGGGUUCGCUGCCAUAUGGGCUGUCGGCGUGUGACCAGAGGAAAUGCGAGAAGUUGACGCUGCUGAUCCUGAGCAACAUUCUCAGCGCUCCGUUCCAUGAGCCUGUCAGCCCUCUGGCCCGUCAUUAUUAUCAGAUCAUCAAGAAACCCAUGGAUUUGUCUGUCAUUCGGAACAGGCUCAGCAGAACCAGCAACACACACUAUCGUUCCCCGCAAGAGUUUGUGGCUGAUGUCCUGCUCAUGUUCAAAAACUGUGCCAAGUUCAACUACCCAGACUCAGAGGUGGCUCAGGCAGGCCACAGUCUACAGUCCUUUUUCACAUCCAAACUGAGGGAGGUUUUCCCAGAUCUGACCUGCCCUGUCCAGGAGGAGGAGGACUCAGACAAUGAGGAUUACGAGGAGCUGGAGAGAGCUAUGGUGACUGGAUUUCCCUGGCCCGAGAGAAAAGAGCAGAGCCACAGGAAGAGGAAGAGAAGGCACUCCCUCAACUGGAGGAGAAAUCACUAUUAGUUGUGCCUCUAUAAAUAUGUACAGAGACUUUUGACCUACUCGCUCUGAGUUUUCCAUCCUGGGCGACUUGCUGUUUUUUAAAGAUUCAUGUUGAAAUACAGUAUAUGCUUUUUCUGAGGACUAAUCUCACACAUUAUAACCAGUUGAUGUGUUAUGCUGUUAUCUGUAGCUGUGGGUAGGUGUUGAUAUAAGCCUAUAUCUCCAGACUUCGCCUAAGGUCUUGCACUAGUAUUUAUUCCAAUGCUUACACGUACAUUAAAUUGUACAAUCAGUUUUGGUUGCUGGCAACUGCUACUUAGUAAAUAUAGAUGAGCAACAUUAAUUGGUAAUAUUACAUUAUAUAUUUGCUCUAAAUUUCAUUCUUCUUUUUAUCCAAAUAUCCCUUAUAACGAGGUACUUUUUCCAGCUGUUUUACUGUGAUGAUUUUAUUGAUCUGUAGAGGGAGCACUUCAUAUAGCCUGUGGGAUUAGUUCAUAUUGGACUUUGUCAGUGGCAGGAGGAUGUGUGUAAUGUGACUGAAACCCAUGAACCCUUUUUAGAAUUGAAGAAGGAUAAUAUUAGGCGGUUGCUACACUACUGUGAUGUUUUAAAUUAACCUUUUAAAUGCUUAUUGACUAGUGAGACAAAAAAAAAAUCUUUUCACAGGCGGAUGGAACACUUUUUAGUCCAGCGUGUUCCUCAGUGUGGUUCACAAACAGGUUUGAUAUUUGUAUGUCCUCUGAAUUUUGUAAUACUGGUCUUAAUUGCAGAAAUUGCUGUACAGAUCAUGUUAAGUCCUCUUCUAAUGCUAUUUAAUAUAUUUAGCUGGACUGUAUUUAGUCUUAAAAUAUAUAUGCUAUGUGGUGUAAA